CCACUGGCCUCCUCUUCCUCGCCAGCUCUCUGCCAGGUGUUCCUGCGGGCCCCCGUCCAGCUGGUUGGCUCGGCCGUGCCGCGGGGCGCCGUGAUGUUCGUGGUCCCGCAGGCGUCCGUGUCGCCGGGGCAACAGACCCAGGUCGUAACCCUGGGCAACACCAAGCUCCUCCCCCUGGCCCCGGCGCCGCCCGUCUUCCUGCCGACCUCGGCGGCGGCGGCCAUCGCCGGCGGCAACUGCGGCGGCGGCGCCUCGCUGGCCGACUUCUCCCGCAGACGAAACUACGUGUGCAACUUCCCCGGCUGCAAGAAGACGUACUUCAAGAGCUCGCACCUCAAGGCUCACCUACGCACACACACAGGUGAGAAGCCCUUCAGCUGUCUCUGGGUUGGCUGUGAUAAGAAGUGCCGCUCCGACGAGCUUUCCCGCCACCGCCGGAACACCGGGCGAAAGAAGUUCGUCUGCACCGUGUGCGACCGCCGCUUCAUGCGCAGCGACCACCUGACCAAACACGCCCGCCGUCACAUGACCACCAAGAGGUCGCCGGGGGCGACGGGGGCAUCGGGGGGGGCGUGGACCGCCGAGACCCGAGACGCCAACAAAACGGGCCAAAACAGAGGCAAUGCACUUCCUGUCGGCAUGCUGGUCUCCACCGCUAACUGACAUCAUCAC